GGGAACAUUAAGGGGGAGGGCAGAAUUGUUCUUCUGAUUUUUUUUCGGAAUCUUCAGAAUUCUGAUUAUUUGUUUCUGACAUUAUUAACAAUUUUUGACAUUUCUGGCAUAAUUAAUUAUGUCAGAAAUCGUCCACUAAUAUUAACGAGUGAAAAGAUAUUGGUAGAGUGAAGGGGUAUUGGUUGUAAAAACGAGAGAAUUAAAUUUUUAAAUAAAUUUUUUAAUUUGUCUAAAUUUCCUCAAUUUUUAUUAUUUUAUUUUUCCACUAAAAAAUAAAAACAGAAAAUUGCCUAAAACAAAUAUUUACAAAAUCGGGAGCAGAUGGUUUACUUAAUUUUUAUUUUUUUCUAGUUUCAAUUUCACUUCCUUUUUAGCUAUUUUUACAUAUUUAAUUAAUUUUAAAAGUUUUGUUCAUAUAUUUUAUUCAUUUUCAAAUUCCCUAUAUCCCGUUUUUUGCAUUUAAAUUAUCUAACCGGCUGAGAGAAAGAAACAUCCUUCCACAUCCUUCCACCUGCGUAGCGUGUAGGGGAAUUUGGAGUAGGGUUGGCGGAUCGUGGGAGAUCUGUGAUACCUGGAUCGAUAUCCUAGAACCGUAUACGAACCGUAUAUCUUGAACCGUCACGGAUAUCCAGAUCAGUUCUCCGGAUCAGCUAAUACUAGUGUGAAGCCUCUUUGUGCCUCUCUCUGUGCCUCCCUCUCCCUCUCAAGUCAUUUCCAGUGACCAGUGCUUAUAAUAUUUUAAUUUUGCUCGUACUCGUACUUCGUAUAGCCUUUAUUUAGGUUGUACUCGUACUGUAUUUCGUACCAAAGUAAGAGUACGAGUACGAAUCUUGGUACGAGGUUAUAAGCACUUCAGGUGACUGGAGGACAUUUCCGGUCUAUUACAAACCUAAUUCAAUAUUAACGUACUUAAUAUUCAAAAAAUAUUAUUUUUCCUAUUUUAUAGCCCUAUAUAAAUUCUAAAGAAAAAAACAAGAAAAUAAAACAUUAAAAAGCAACAAAGCUAUAAACCACCGGAAAAGACAAUAAAAAACAAUAAAGCUAAUUAAAAAUGCAGCAAACACAAAAAUUAUUUUUUCCCUCAACAAAAAUUUCUAAAAAUUCAUUUUUCCAAUUUUCUCCAAAAUUAAACAAAUUUAUGCUAAUUUCUAUCAUUUUAACAUUUUUGUUGCUAAUUAACAAUAAAAAUAGCCAAGUUUAUGCUACUCAAGAGCAACAACAAUUUAGUAGGCAAGUGAGGCCUUAUUCUGAAAGAGCUGCUAAUCAGAAUUUGCUCGAUGGUUCAAUGUCUAUGGACGAGUUUGACAACACCGACCCAUUCUAUCGGGCUGCUCGGGAGAAUGGAGUCAAAUGGAUGCGUUUUGGCAAACGAGUGCCUCAACAGAGUAAAUGGAUGCGUUUUGGAAAGGUGUGUAUCUUUUACAGGGAGAAGAAUUGA